AUGUCUCUGUGGCCAUCUUUCCGAGGCAGAUGGAAGCUGGGGUGGAAGGACUCAAUGUGAGGUCUGUGGCUCCCCAGACAGGACAAGGAGACCCUGUGGGAAAGGUGAGUAAGGGAUGGCUGCCUCUUUGGAGACAAGAGUUUCCAGGCCACCCUGAGCUCCGCUGGCGGUGGGCCCCUGCUGCGGAAGCUGCCGCCUGGCCUGCAAUGGCAGCCAAGUCCAGAGCUGCACAGCAAUCCGCAGUUCUAUUCUGGCAAGGCCAAAAGGCUGGGUCUGUGCCUGAGAGUGGUAGGUGGCUGCUGGUUUUUGGUUGCUUUGCAAGCUUUGACUUUGCACCAGGUCAUCCUGAGCUGAAUGGUGCCCCUUACUCAGAGUUUCACUGAGAAAUCUGCUGGCAUUUUCUGGUUCUUUCUUCCAUUUGGAAAGUGGGUUCCCAUGGUGAUAGAUGACCGAUUGCCUGUCAGUCAGGCUGGCCAGCUGGUCUUUGUCUCCUCCACCUACAAGAACGUACUCUGGGGAGCUCUUCUGGAAAAGGCCUAUGCUAAAGGACUGGCAGGAACUCUCUUGUCUCUGCAGAAGGAGAAGGUGCUGGAGAAUGGGCUGGUAAACAGCCAUACCUACAUGCUCACAGGAAUCAGGAAGGUGACCUGCAACCAUGGACUUGAAUAUCUAGUCAAGCUGCAGAAUCCCUGGGGCAAAGCAGAAUAGAAAGGAGACUGGAGUGACAGCUCAAGUGCCUGGAAGCUACUGAGCCUCAAUGAGAAGAUAAUGCUGCUGAGAAAAAAUAAUGUUGGAAAGUUCUAGAUGACAUUGCAGGACUUCAAAGCACAUUUCAUGCCUCUGGUCAUCUGUAAACUGCUCCCAGGCUUGCUGAGUCAGGAGAUGGGCCAGAAAUGCUACACCAUGGAGGCGGGGAGGGGGCAGAGGGACAGUGCCCCUGGUAGCUGGAUGAAGGUGCCCGAAACACAUUUUUGGGAGAACCUGCAGUUCUUGCUACCCAUUUGGAGGCCCCAAGAAGGCAGGAGGUCCCUGGUGCCCUGCAGUGUGCUGGUGUCCCUGCUCCAGAAGCCCAGGCACAGGCCCUGCAACCAGAAGCCCCUUGCCAUUGGCUUCUACCUUCUUGGGAUGAGCAAGAAAACAGACCAAAAUGAAGGGUAGGAUGAAUUCUUCACCCAACUCUUGGAAAAGUAUCCAGAAAUAAAUGCAGUCCAACUGCAGAAGUUCCUGAACCACAUGACCUGGCCAAUUCCGGGGGGUGCACAGCCUCUCUUCAGCCUGGAUACCUGCGGGAGGAUCCGGGCCCGGCUGGAUCUUCAUUCAUCGCAUACCCUGAGCAUCCUGGAUUUCAAGGACCCGUAGAGGCAGUUGAUGCUCUAUCAGGAGGUGUUCCAUAAGCAGGACAGUAGCCAGUCAGGAUACCUGAACAGGACCCAGCUGUGGGCUGCCGUGGGGGAUGCAGGUGGCAGGGGAGCUGGACAUGAGGCCCAGCCCCUACAGCAGGAACCUGUGUUCCAUGCCGGAGUCCUGCUCAGAGAUGACACCUGCCAGCUGAUGCUUAUCUGCUAUGGCGGCCCCAACCUCUGGAAGGACUUGGUCAGCUUUGUGCACUAGGUGCUGAGUGUGGAGAGCAGGGAGGAUGUCUUCCAAAUAACCCAAGAUGGCAAAGAUAUCUACCUCCAGAAGCCAGAGGACUCCUCCAGAGUGAGGGGACGAGGCCCUGAGUCCUGUGUCAGGCUCUGGAACUUGGUGACUGGGAAAUGA